AGAGUAUAAUGGAGAGACACAAUCGUACAUAACCUGUUUUGCUUAGGAUUGAUGGACCUCAUCAUAUUUCUCACGUUUCAUUUCAACGUGCCUGUACGACACCGACGGUUAUCAUAAUCCAAUUCCUGAUGCAUCAGCUCCAGCCUUGAAGCUUGAAAUUUGAAGAGCCUUGACAACCAUAAGUCCUACAACCACAGCUCUCGCUUUUUAAUCUUUUGAAAGUUGCCAGACUGGGAUCCAAUGUACUCAGCUGCAAUUGCUCCUAUAAGGCGUCCAUCUUCCCCAGACUCUACGAUGCACAACCAGGGAUAUUCAACCCUAAAAAAUGGCAACGAAGAUUCCGAGUCAGUCGAACUUGAAGAACUCACAAGGUCGCCCUUGCGCCCUCAUUACGGAACCGCUGGUAGACGUACUGGAUAUCUCACCAUUCUAGGCCUCUUCUUUGGUUCAAUAUUGAUUGCUGUCAUCAAUCAUGUUGUCUUUUCCAAACUCGAUGGAAAACCGACCGCUGGACGUACUGAACAAUUUUGGGUAACCACCCUCAAAAAUGUGUUUCCAGCUGCAGUUGCACUCCUGCUGUUUGUAGAUCUCAAAUAUUGUCUCUCACAAGUGGCGUUAUAUCGAAUUCGCAGUGGCUCGCAUCCGAUAGGCCUUGUGAGCCUUAUGACCUCCCCACCGAACUUCACCAAUACGAUAUCUAUCUUAUUAAAGUCGUCCAUGCGCGCUUCGAUCUUGAUAUUUUUUAUCUUGGCCGUAAUCACUCAAGCGGUCACUGUCACCUCCAUUUUCAUCCCUGGAGCGCUAACGGUGACACAGAGCUCUCCAGUUACCACCUCCCUCGAAAUCCCUAACGUCGACUUCAAUGCUGUCAAUCCUAUGACAUCGUCAUUCGUUACCGUAGAAUCCGAUACUCCUCCUACUCUGAGCUUCCUCGAUUCAUCUCAAAGGUGGCGUCAAUUGAUAAUACGGGCUGCUUCGGCCAACGUUGCCCCGACAUGGGACGCACCGGUCGGGUGUGGUUCAUCCUGCACUUAUAACUUCACGUAUUCCGCUCCUGCGCUUAAUUGCACAGAAUUAUCAAAGCAAGAUAUUUGGCCAAGUGGAACAAACACCUCCGAUAGCCGUUUGGCUUUUCCUCUGAAUACUACCGAUCCAAAUGAAUCCUUGAACGAGUAUUUCUUCUACAACUCAUCCUUUGCAUUCACUUCUGAGCCCAACACUCCCAACGUCAGUUCAUCUACCUUGGAUGUAUACUACAUGGAGAAUUUCAACACGACGUACGAUCAGGCUUUGUUAUUAGCGAGCCAAUACCCGGAUCCUACGCAAUACAACCCUCGUGGCGCUCACUGUGAAUACCAAAAUGCCACGUAUGAAGCAACGACCACGUUCUUGAAUAACACUCAGUCGUCGAGUGUGCACGUAAAGGAGCUGAAUGGCUACCUCCCCAUCGGACACGAUGCCGAUGGCCCAUAUCCUGGAACGAAUACGACAAACAUGACAUUGGCGUUUCGUAGUAUUGCCCAGUCCUUCAAUGAAAUCCUUAGCGGAAACGCGUUCUACCAAACGAACAGCAGCGGUUUGGUAACGGAUAGUACCCAGGCUCUCAACACACCGCUCUUCAGUUUAACUGGUGUCAUCCAGAAUGUCACAGCCACAGAUAGCUUCCAAUACAACGAAUAUCUCUUCCUUCUUUCUCCGACGUUCAAAGGUAAUCUCUCCGAUGGAAUUGAAGAACUCUUGGGAAACAUCACUCUUGCCUUCGUAAAUGAGGGACUGGCAUCCACAAUUGCAAGUGUGACUGUGACUCCCAGUAGCACGCAGUAUCAGUACCACGCAGUGAAGCUGGCUGUCAUAUACGGGAUAGUGUUUGCCAUGUCCCUCGUGGUGGUCAUCUACGGCCUCGUGUGCAUUUGGGAGAACGGUACUACUGCAGUCUUUGACCUGGAGCAUAUCAUUGAGAUGACGGCCGGAAGCACGAAUCUCCACAAAUCUGCCCUGCACCCAGAGUUUAGCUCUACGUAUGUUCGGGGCCUCCUCUUUCCCGCCGGCAACUCGACGAGAACUAUAUUGGAUACUUCCCGGGAAAGAGAAUAGAAUGGGUUCUUCGUUAAUCGCAUCACGGUUGCAACGGGCCUUCAAGAUGACAUGAACGUACACAAAAUGAAGACGAAGUGAUCAAUGAUGUUACAUAAAUAACAUAAGAUAUAAAGUACAGCUGGCGCUUCUCAGACCGCAGGGGAAGUGGGUGCGGCUGUGGCUGAGCUUGUUGCUGUCGCAGCAGUAGAAGCAGGAGGAGUAGCAGGGAGGGAGGGCGUCGGAUCACAAGCUACCUUCAAGCCAUUUGUCAACAACGUCAAACCGUCCGCAC